CACGCGGGGUUGUCAAAGUUGAAAAACCACGUGUUUGAUCCUUGCAUUUUGUGAAGGUGUGCUAGUUUUCGGGAAAGUUUACUGAAUUUUGUCAGUAUGGAAGAAAUGUGUGGUUAAACGCCGGAAGAUUCGCUGCAAUGGGUUCCGAGACGGACAUGGAAGAGCAGCGACUGCUCCGUCGCAAGAAAACGGCCUCGGAAGCGGGAAACCAGCAGCUUUUGGUUGAGGCAUGCCGGAAAUUGGGCGAGAUGUACAACGAGCAGGGCGAGCACCAAAAGGCGCGAAUCGAGUACAAGCUGGUGGCCAAAUCGUACCAGAAGCUGAAAAUGCAAAUGGAAGUGGGGCGGGCAUACCGAAUGGUGGGCGAGCAGUUGAAUAUGCUCGGCGAGUUCCAAAAGGCGCUGGAGUACGAUCGAAAGUAUCUGGAUAUUGCGAAACAAGAAAAGAACUACGUUGAGGUGCAAAGGGCUUACGUUACGAUUGGACGGACGUUUCUGAUGAAGGGUCAGAGCUGCGAGAAGCUUGAACAAGCGAUGGAACCACUGCUGGAGGCGGAGAAAGCAUUCGAAAAGAGUCUAAAUUUGAGCCGGCAGUUGAAGUGCAUCGGGCGGUUGGAGCAGGUCGAUAUGGAAGUGAGGUCUCUGCUGAAUCUGGGCGUUGCGAAGGAGCACCAGGGCGACUUGGAGCAGGCCGCCGAGUACAUGCUGAAGGCGACGAAGCUCGCCGAGAACAACGACCUGGCCGAGUUGCUGCACCAGUGUUACACCACUUCGGCGCUGCUGUUCGACUCGAAGCAGAAAAAUCACGCGCGAGCGCUGAAGGCCCUCUCGGACGCACUGGAAGUUGCGUCCCGGCUACAUAACAAGGCCACCAAGAUGUGCGAAACGCUGAUCGCCAAGGCGGACAUACAGAUCAAGACGGGUGACUUUCAGAGCGCUCGCCAAACGCUGAAGCAGGCGUACAAGCUGCGGACACCGGUUGCGACCGACGCCGAGAACAUCGAGCAACAGUUGAAGGUGCUGGUGGUGAUUUGUCGCGUCGAAGAUGAGUUAAUCAUGGCUGGGAGUGGCGAUUACAAGAGGAAGAAGCAACUGUACGAGCGGAUGGGGGAUGGCGCUUGCAAGCUGGAGAACUACUCUAAGGCCAUUGAUUACUAUCAGAAAAUGUUGGAGUGUGCUCAGCUCGCGGGGGAAGCCGAUCGUGAUUUGAUCCCGAUCUACGUCAGUCUGUACCAAACGUACAAGGACAACGAACAGUACGACGAUGCGUUGGUGUAUUUGUGGCAGGAGUACGCGCUGAUCGAAGAGGACCCGGAGGAGGCGUACAAAACGCUGUCGAACAUAGCGGGUUUUGAGGCGCAGAAGAAGCCCUGGAACGAAGUGGAUGAAAUCUACCAGCGCGCUCGAACGCAGGCCAAGAAGCUCAAGUCGGUUUCGAAGGAGCGCGUAGCGAUUAAGCGCUGCGUUGCGAUGCUGAAGCGACAGGGGAUGAAAAUGAUGGCGGAACGGCUUGAAAAGGAGGCCACCGGGAUGGGCAUGGAUUUGGCGGAUAGUGAAGAUUCGGAUGCUCUAAACGAGACGGCAACAUCGAUUGAGAACGCUAUCAAUUCGCUGGACAUUGGCGGGUUCGUCGAUUUGGAGGCACUAUCCAGUUCGGACGAUGAGAGAUCGAAGGAUAAAACGCCGGAUGGCAAAAGUACCCGGAAGAGAGGAACAAUUUUCAAGGUGAAGAAGAACAACAAAGGAGAGUCGCAACUUCACCAGGCGUGCAUCGACGGUAACCUUGUACUCGUGCAGAAACUGCUUGAUCAAGGCCAUCCCGUGAACGUUCGGGACAACGCCGGUUGGUUGCCGUUGCACGAGGCCUGUAUUCAUGGCCACAAGGAAAUCGUCGAUCUGUUGCUUGACCGAGGAGCUUACAUGAACGACAAAGGUGGUACCAGUUGCGAUGGUAUCACUCCACUGUACGAUGCUUGCUCGAACGGAAACUUGGAAGUGGUGGAGCUGCUACUUGAUCGCGGAGCAAACUGUACCCAGCGAACCGACUCCGGCGAUACCACAUUAAACGUGCUGCAGGUUUGGUUCGAAGAAGUACAACGAAAGCUCUCCCCCGAGAUCGUUUCUCAUUACAACACGAUCUACCACCGAAUCCAGGGCUAUUUCGAUGUGGCCGGUGUUAAACCAGACGAAUCGGCAACCGUUCCCGCCGCAAUCCAAUCUAUUUGUUUGAGCUCCGACUCUGAAAACGACGAAGCACGACCAGUUCGCCCAACCGUUCGCAUCUCCGUCAAAAAAGCGCCCAAGCGGCGACCGCUUGCUGAGGUGCACUCGAACUCGUACGUCCUGUCGUCCGACUCGGAACCGGAAGAGCUGGUACGACCUCGCGCCUCGAAACCCGGCCUUCUCGACUACCGAACCGCGAUCGAAGCGGUUCGCAAACGCACCAACGCUCAACUGCUCCCGCUGAAGGACCCCAACCCGACACCGCCCAAGCGAACUGCCCACAUGCGUCGCGAAGAGGUUGGCGACGAUUGGCUGGUGGCCAAUGUUAAUCCUACCACGAAGCGGCAAAAAUUCCCCUCCGACAAGGACUACUCCGAACCAUCAGCUAAAUCUUCCCGUCGCACCUUGCCCGUUGCCAGCAGCAACGAUGCGAACCGCGUACCGCAGCAAAGCGCACCCUCGCACGCAUCGAAACCUCGCCAGCAGUGUUCAACCGGCAGCAAUCGGGACCAGGAAGCGGGCUCCAGCGUGUGCUCCCGGUCGGUCGGUUCGACCGGAUCAUCGUCCAAGGAGAGCGUCGCGUCGUCGUCCGUCGAUAAAGGAUUAAGCGGAACAACGACGGCGCCGAGUUUGAUGUUGCCGGCGUCGAUGGUGCGAGUUCUGGUGGACGGAGAUCAUGUUGAUGUGCACUACGAGCAGGACCAGCAGACGGGACUCAGCGUCGGGUGGUUGGCCGAGGAGGUGGCCAAUCGAUAUGGAAUCAAACACGGCAAACGACCCCUGCUGAAGCUUAUGCGCUCGGACAACAGCCUGUGCGUGGAUUCGGAACCGCUCACGACCGUGCUGAAAAACACCGGCCCGGUCAUCAAAUCGUACGUGAUCGAGUACACAUCGCUCCGGGGUGAUCAGUUCUACGAUGACAGCUGCCGGCUUCGCGGUCUUGAACCCUUCACCGCGCUAACCAGUGCGCUCAACUUGAUGGAAAACACUGGCAAGCUGGUCCUGAAGCGGGAUUUUUUCGCGGGAAACGCACGUCACUUUGAUCUUCUGUUUGCCGUCGGCUGCCAGGGCAGUGCGGAGCUCGACGUGUCGAUGAAUCAGCUCACGGACGCGGAGUUGCAGGGUUUCAUUGAGAAGCUUCCGGUGCUGAAGAAGUUGAGGUUGAACCUCGCGACGAACUCGCUCACGCAGAAGAGUAUCUUCAACAUGGCAACUGUGCUGGCGUCGCUUCCGGACGGGUUGAUCUACAUGGCUGAGCUGGAUCUCAGUCGGUGUGCGCUGCUGGAUCAGAGCAUGCCCCAGUUGGCUAGCAUUUGCCAGCGGAUGCCACAGCUUCGGGUGCUGCGACUUGCAUCGACGUUGAUCACGAACUUGGCGUACGGCAAACCUCAGCUGGAAGUGUCGCGUCUCCAAGUGCUGGACGUGUCGGACAACACUCUCAACCUAAAGUCCAUCGAGUACAUGUUUGCCAAUUUGGACACGUGCAUUUUGACGGAGCUGAAUGGCCGUAAGUUGGGGUUGCUGUCGGAAUUUAAGCCAAAGCUAACCGUGGCGAUUCAGACGAAAGAGUUCGACAUGUUGAGCACGUUGGAUCUUAGCCAGUGUGGCCUCACUGAUGAUGAACUGUCCGCACUGCUGGUUCCACUACGAUCCAGUGCCGUGAAGUUGAAACUACUGGACGUGUCCUUCAAUCGACUGCUGACAAAGACAAGCUUCGUUGAGGUGUUCCGCACGUUAAAUACCCACUCGCUGGAAAUGGUCCGAUUCGCUGAAAAUCCGCUGGUUUUGAAAAACUUGAGUGAACAAAUGAUGGACGAUAUUCAGUAUGAUCGCGACGGAUGCUACCCGUACGCGGUGGAUUUUAUGAGACCAUUGCGGUUGACCGAAUCAGAGGCAAACACGUUGCUGAAAAAGUUGUCGGAUUUUUGGGAGCAGCUUUGGAAGGAUCGUGGAGCGGUUUCGAUGAACAAAUCAACAGUUUUGCUAAGGCAAAAUCAUUAGUAGGGUCCUAAAAGCUCUAUGUUACUUUUACGUACAUCGAUACAAAACUUUUUUAUCAUCACUUUUAUUAUAACAAGAAAUAAAUUGACAAGACAACAUUUA